AUGCCGUUGUCCAAGCUGCGCGGAAUCAGGCUACCUGCCUCAGCCGACUUCCAUGUCCACCUACGCGAUGGUCCUAUGAUGGAGCUGGUGACUCCUACCAUCCGCAAGGGUGGUGUGAACACUGUCUUUGUCAUGCCAAACCUGGUACCCCCAAUCACCACUGUCGACCACGCCCUCGACUACAAGAAGCGCCUGCAAGCCAUUGAGCCCAAUGUCAGCUACCUGAUGUCGCUUUACUUACACGAGACCAUCACCCCCGCUACCAUCAUUGAUGCCAAGAAGCGCGGCAUCACUGGUGUCAAGAGCUACCCCGCUGGAGUCACCACCAACUCGAGCUCCGGCGUCAUCGACUAUGCCGCGUUCUACCCCGUCUUUGCCGAAAUGGAGCGCCAGGGCCUCGUUCUCAACCUGCACGGAGAGGUCCCCUCCAAGGGUGAUGUGACAGUGUUGUCAGCUGAGGAGAAGUUCUUGCCUACGCUGCUGGAGCUCCACGCCCAGUUCCCCAAGCUCCGUAUCAUCCUCGAGCACUGCACAACAGCUGCAGCCAUUGAAGCCGUCAAGAAGUGCGGACCCACAGUGGCCGGUACCAUCACGGCUCACCAUCUGUCUAUCAUUGUUGACCACUGGGCCGGUGAUCCAUUCUGCUUCUGCAAGCCUGUUGCGAAGACCCCAGCCGAUCGUGAUGCCCUCCUUCGUGCCGCUAUCUCGGGUAACCCCAAGUUCUUCUUUGGUUCUGACAGCGCCCCCCACCCAGCUGCCUCCAAGCGCGGCGGUGAGAAGAUUGCCGCCGGUGUCUUCACCCAGCCGUACACCACCCAGGUUGUGCUGGACUCUUUCGAGCAAGCCUGUGAGAACGGAGUCCUCAAGGAGGAGGAUAUCACCCCGGAGAUCUUGGAAGGUUUCAUGAGCAAGUUUGGUCGUGCAUUCUAUGAAAUCGGCGAUGAGAAGAAGGAAUUCAUCAUCAUCGAUAAGAAGGGUGAGAAGAUCGUAGACAUUCUGCAGUCGGAUGCAACUGAUGUUGUCCCUUUCCGCAAGACCCAGGACACAUGGACUGUAACCUGGUCUUCUUAA